CAAUAACGGGCGGUGCUACAGAGUCACUUCAUGCAAGCUGCUGAACUGUAGCUCUAACUUUAAUCAUUUUUGCCGAGGCUAGCAAAAAAGCUACAGUCAAGGUGGUAGUUUUAGUAUUCUUUAAAUAUCUGUAUAAUAAAGUGCAAUAUUAUAAUCGUCACGGCGCGCCAAAAUAAGUAACUUAUUGUUGGUUAGUUCUUUAAAGUUUUUAAAGGGGCUUAGCUUAUGUUAGCAUCAGCUAACAGCUGCGUGGAUGUGUGCGCAGUUAGCCUGUAGCCGAACUACCUUCGUCCCUCAGUACAACUGACUGUCCGAUCCCGGUCCAGUCGGAUCCGAUUCGUUAUUUUCGUGGGAAGAGUGGACAAGGUGUCUGCCAAGUCAAAUGUUGAGGUUUUACUGAACAGCGGACCAUGGAUCAGGACAACAACUCGAAGGAUGACUCGGUUGGCCAAGCAGAAAAUGAGACACAACCUCCAUUUCCUCUUGGACUCUCGGACUCUGAGGCAGUGGAAGUGUUGUGGCAAGUGCGGACCCAGCGCCGACAGACGGAGCCAGAUCUGCCGGACACCGUGACGCGUCUCACCACACCUGAGGGCAGUGUUGUGUACCUGGUUGGCACCGCCCACUUCAGCGACAGCAGCAAGAAGGAUGUUGCCACUACGAUCCGAGCAGUACAGCCAGAUGUGGUGGUGGUGGAGCUAUGCCAGUAUAGAGUAUCCAUGCUUAAGAUGGAUGAGAAGACGCUGCUAAAAGAGGCUAAAGACAUUAACUUGGAGAAGGUCCAGCAGGCCAUUAAACAGAAUGGAGUGAUGUCUGGCCUCAUGCAGAUAUUGCUGCUCAAAGUCUCAGCUCACAUUACAGAACAGCUGGGCAUGGCCCCCGGAGGAGAGUUUAGAGAAGCCUUUAAGGAGGCAGGAAAAGUGCCCUUCUGUAAAUUUCAUCUUGGGGAUCGGCCCAUUCCAGUAACCUUUAAGCGUGCAAUAGCUGCUCUCAGCCUGUGGCAGAAGGCUCGUCUGGCCUGGGGCCUGUGCUUCCUCUCUGACCCCAUCAGCAAGGAGGAUGUAGAGAAGUGUAAACAAAAGGAUCUUCUGGAGCAGACCAUGUCAGAAAUGAUUGGCGAGUUUCCAGCCCUCCACCGCACUAUUGUUGCAGAGCGAGACAUCUACCUCACACACACACUUAGACAAGCAGCGCGCUGUGUGGAGGCGCCUCCUAAUGCUGAGAAAGUGCCUGCUGUGGUGGUUGGAGUGGUCGGGAUGGGUCAUGUUUCUGGUAUUGAGAGGAACUGGGAUAAAGAGCUCAAUAUUCAUGAGAUCAUGAGCGUGGCUCCACCGUCUCGAUUUGGCUGGGUAGUACGCAAUGUGUUGAAAGGUGCCAUGUGGGGGCUUCUGGGUUAUGCCUGCUUCCGUGCCAGCAAGGGUGUGGGGAGGGCGUUACUCUCCUUACCGACAGUCCAAUCAUUGCUUGAAAAUAUACGAACACCUUCCGUUUGACCUUUCUUUUAUCGGCACAGACUUUUCAGCAGUGAGAUCAGGAUGUCACACUGAACACCAAUAGCCUUAACUACAGGAUGGUGGUCGGGUGAAGGGGAAAAUUAGAGGCAAACAUCGUCUCCAUCCCAUAUGAAAUAAACAAUAUGGGUGGAAGCUUUUGACUAGCUCUCUACCUCCUCAACCCUCUGUCCAUCCGCUCUGUGGACGCAGAGCUGUACUGCCAAAGAAAUCGGACCAUGCUUUCUUUCCCCUUUUCCACAUUCUUAAAGUAUGACCUACUAGGAAAUUAGCUGCAGCAGGAUUUCCCACCUAAUCUUGAACUGAAGUUUUAUUUUGCUGUGAUUUACUCUUGGUUGGCUCCUGCAAAUAGAUAAUGCAUUUAGUUUCCCAGCAAUGUACAUCGGGAAAAUGAUUAUGACCAAAGUAUUUUUGGUUUUGCUAAUUGAAUUUAUAUGUUUCUGACAAAAAGACUUGAAAUAAGUGGAACUGAAACAACAGCACACAGUGUUUAAGAGCUUCAAGUCACAUCCAGUAAUGGGGGGUUACCUGAUAAGCCCAACAUAAACUUUGCCCAUGCUAGCUAUCAAGUGCCUCCUACCACAUGACCUGGAAAGGGCUAAAAGGAACAUAGACUGGUCAGGGUGUUUUGCUCUCGCUCCAUAUGGUCAUAAUAAAAGGGUACUAUUAAGUCUGGGGUCCUCUAUUUCUCUCACACAGUUUCAUAAUUGGUUCUUGCUAAUGGGAAGUUUCUAGAAAUUAGUGAAUUAUGCAGUUAAUUA